UUCCACUCUUGCCUCCUUCCCUUUCAUUCUCUCCUCUCAUCACUUCCACCACACUUUCCUUUCUCCGCAUUCCCACCCUCUCCCUUUCCUCUCCCCCUCUCUCUCUCACACACUUCGUCUCCCCUUGUUUGUGACACGUUCUAGUCGCUUCCCUGACCACUUCUCCACAUCCCCCCCCCCCCACUGCCCCACCCCGUAACUCACUCCAUCCCAGCAUCGAGAUCAAAACUCCCUGGACACUCUGUUGUCUGCAGCGGGUGCCCCUAACUCUCGUCGCCCCCUCCCCUCUGUCACCCUCACUGCCACCCUCCCUCCUCCUGUCACUGAUCUCUUGCUCUUGCCCUCUCUCGCACCUUCUCCCUCGUCAGUAGAUCUCUUUUCCACUCUCUCACACACUCGCACGCACACCCUUAAUCUCUAUUGCCUCUCCCUCUCUGUCUCUCAAUUUCCCUCCCCACCUCCCAGCAGGACCUCUUUCGCACUCUCACCAACACGCACGCUCCCCUCCCCUCCCUCUGUAACUCACACACACUCAUACACACUCUACCUCACUUUCACUCUCUCACUCUCACACUCACACUCACACACACCAGGGAUUUGUCACCUACGUUCUUUUCCAGACUCCUCCCUCCCACCCCAACCUCCCCUUCACUCUCUCCCAUUCCUCUACGACUGAUCCCAUAAUCAGUUCUCAUCCUUGCCUUGCUUCUAUCAGUUCCCAGGUUCCUACCUAACCCCCCCCCCCCACCACGUUCCCCCCAACUUUGAUCUGCGAGUUGUUCAACCGGUAUAACCCGCGCUGGCAUGUACAGUAUUCCUGGACAGAGUCUGUAGCAGCGAGGGCUCGGGGAGUAUUGCCACCGCUGUCUGAUGCAGGCUCCGGAAGAUUCUGAGAAUUCGGGCUUGAGUAAGCCUGUCCUGGAGUUGGUGGACGGGCUACCCCUGCCAAGCUGGGUUCUGUGCUCCUGGAAUGAAAUCCAAAUGGUCCAGGCCAAGCCUGACGAUAUCCUCAUCGCCACCUACCCCAAAGCAGGCACCACAUGGAUGCAGGAGGUAGUGGAUCUCAUCAUGAUGAACGGGGACACACAAAAAUGCAGGCGUGCCCCCAUCUACGAACGGAUUCCCUUCCUCGAGAUGUGUGCCACUGAAUUUCAUUCCGCUGGGCUGGAGCAGAUCAAGAAGCUGAAGUCCCCCCGAAUCAUCAAAACUCAUCUUCCCAUCCAAAAGGUUCCUAAGUCAUUCUUGGAGCAGAAAUGUAAGGUGAUCGUGGUUGCUCGCAAUGCAAAGGACAACGUAGUCUCCUACUUCCAUUUCCAAAGGAUGAACCAGAUGAUGCCAGAUCCCGGCAGCUGGGAGGAAUACCUGGGAACGUUCAUCCAGGGACAGGUCGGCUGGGGCUCCUGGUAUGACUUCAACCUAGACUGGUGGGAGGCCAGAAAGAAACAUCGGAUUCUCUUCCUCUUCUAUGAGGACAUAAAGGAGAACCCACGGCAAGAGAUCCUGAAGGUGGCUGACUUCCUGGGUAAGGCCCUAGAUGAGAAGGCUUUGCAGUCGGUGGUCCAUAACUCCCUGUUCAAUGUGAUGAAGGAGAAUCCAAUGGCCAACUACACCACCCUCCCUUCCACUGUCUUCAACCAAGACAUCUCCAAGUUCAUGAGGAAAGGUGAAGUUGGGGACUGGAAGAAUCAUUUCACUGUGGCACAGAAUGAACAUUUCGAUAAAGACUAUGCAGAGAAGAUGGGGAAGAGUGACAUUCUGUUUCGGGAGGUGCUGUGACCAUUUUCUCCCUCACCAAGCAAAGAAAACCAGAAACAAAAAUUGUUAAGUAAACGGUCAGGAAAGAAUAUUUAAUGAGA